AGACGUCCACACCCACUCGAUGGGCGGUCCUCGUUGGCUAAGAAGCCCUUAGAGACCAGGGCGGAUGCGCACAGCGCUUGCUCUGGUCCGGUCCCGCGCUCUGAAUGCAGCCAAUGGACAGCUGGUUGCUGUUCGGAAAGGACCAAUCCGCAGUCCCUCUACCCCCUGAACGAAGACGUCAAACGACAGUCUGGUCCUUUUUUUUUUUUUUUUUUUCAAGAAGACGCGGGAUUCCAGUGGCUGGAGAGAAGGUGCCAACCUGUGGAAAGAUCUGAGCAUUCAGUUCUCUUCAUGUCUAUUUGCCUGGCCUUAUCAUCUCCAUAUUAAGCCAACUGCAGGUUUUAACAUCAGUGUAAGUAGAAAAUCGUUUUGAGUUUCCAAAGCUGCAAGCCCUUUGUAAGGUUGAGGACAAAGCCUGGGCAUUGCACUUGCCAGUCUACGUGAACUAAAUUCCCACCCCAACUUGAUCCAUUUUGGAGUUUGUGUUUCAGCUGAGCCAUCCAUUUCAUCUCUAAGCCACAAUGAGCUGUAAGAAGCGGAAAUCACAGAAGAUCCUAUUUAAUACAAGGAAAAAUAAAAAAAUCGAUGAAUAUUUCUCUCAGGUUUCCAAAGAAGAGCAGAAUGAUCCCAAUAUUUCUCAAGUAAAAGUGGACUCUAGAAAAAUGUCAAGGGAUAUAACCAACACCAGGGACCAAAGACCACGUUCACCCAAGAAAAUUCAACAAGAUCAGACUCCUUCCCUAAAUAAGAAAAUUGUAGUCACCUUGGGUGUGAACUCUAGGAAACACAAAAACAUGAAGUAUGAGCUCACAUGUAGGGAGACAAGUAGCUUGUAUGCAGCACUCAACACUCUCAGUGCUGUCAAAGAAGAGAUAGAAAGUCAAAAGGGCAAAGAAAUGCUAGUGUGUGGCAAAGAAGGCAUUGAGGGGUACUUAAACCUUGGCAUGCCCCUCUGCUGUAUACCAGAAGGCAGCCACGUGGUCAUUACAUUUUGUCAAUGUAAAAGUAAGACAGAGGAAAGUAAACGAUUCCUUGAACCACAAGACCAAGCAUCUACCAGUUAUGUCCAAUUUUACAUUCAUGCAGUUGGGAAUAAGAGGAAAAAGAUUCUGAAGUGUGGGGAACUUCACAAAGACGGGAACAAACUCUGUGUCUAUGGCUUCAAAGGAGAGACCAUCAUGGACACACUGAGGAAGGAUGGCAGGUUUUGUUCUUUCAUAGAGAGUGACCAUUGGAAACUCAUUAAUGACCUGGACACCAUCAUAGAAAACACUCAGCCAGUUGAUGAGUUAGAGGGCAAGCUUUUUCAGGUUGCCGCUGAGCUUCCAAAGAACCCUAGGGUAGUCUCUGUCACUCAGAAUUCUGAGUUAGAAAAUGGAAACUUCCGAAAGCUUGAAGACUACAUUGUGGAUAAGUCCCCUAUAUUGAAAAAAGAAGGAGAAAAACUUAGAGCAUACAUCAAGGAAAAAAGUGAAAAAAGUGAAAAAAGAAAGAAGACAGCUUCCUUAUUCAAAGUGCAUAAAGAACACUUUGGGAAAAUGACAAAAAAUUCUACUCCUGUUAAAGUACUCAAACAUCUUUCGAGGGCCAGUGACUCAGUUGGGUUCCUAUGGUGGAACAACAAUGGAAAUGAGGGUUGUGCCACUUGCUUUGUUUUUAAAGGAUUGUACAUUUUGACUUGUCAGCAUGUGAUAACUAGCAUUGUGGGUAAAGGCAUAGAUCCAGAUAAGUGGGCAAGCAUAAUUAGUCAGUGUGUAAAGGUGACCUUUGACUACGAAGAGUUUCCACUAAUAGAAAACAAGUUUUUUGUUGUUAAACCUUGGUUGGAGAUAUUUGAUGCAGACCUUGACUAUGCUGUCCUAGAACUGAAGGAAAAUGGACAAGAAGUACCUGCUGGACUGUAUAAUGGAAUAGGACCUGUGCCACUUAGUGGGCUGAUUUAUAUCAUUGGCCAUCCUGAGGGAGAAAGGAAGUCUACUGAUGGCUGUACCGUGGUCCCUCAAGAAAAUAGAGGAAGAAAAUGUCAGGAAAAUUUUCAAGCAGGAAAGGAAGCAGGCUACUGUCUUUCUACAUCUUUUCUCCAUUUAUACACACAAAGAAGUUUCCAGGAAAUGCUUCACAACCAUGACGUGGUUACUUAUGACACCACUUUUUUUGGUGGAUCUUCUGGAUCCCCAGUAUUUGAUUCUAAUGGUUCAUUGGUGGCCAUGCAUGCUGCUGGCAUCACUUGUACAUACCAGCGUGGAGUUCAUAAUAUCAUUGAGUUUGGUGCUACUAUGGAAUCCAUUCUUGCUAGUAUUAAGCAAAAUAAACAGUGGUAUAAUAAAAUUUUUGUAAAUAGUCAGGAUGCAGAAAUGCCGAGCACAGAUUUCUGAGGACUGGAAAGGGUUUAGUUGAUUUUUCAACAUUAAGGGAAUUGCCUAUGUUGUUUUUCUGCAGACAAUAAUCUUUUAUGAACUUUCAAAAUGAUUGAUUUCACCCAAAAAUAGUAGUUCUAGAUUAUGUUCUAUGUACCAGGCAUUUUCACAAUUUAUUAAAACAAACAAACAUAUAUAAAACCAAUUGAACUAUUUAUGUAAGGUAAUAUGAAAAAGAAAAUUAAGUGCUAAUAUGGUCUUAGAGAUCAUAGAUAGUGUCAGGAGAUUCUAAGAUGUGAAAAAGUUCAGAGCAUAGAAACUGGAGUUGUAGGCCAAAAGAUUCAUGGAAAAGAAAGAAGCCUACCAUGCUCCUGGAAACCUGAACCAAUUUCAAAAACACUCAUUUGGUUCUACCCAUAUCUUCCUUCUCUGGUGACGAGAGCUCAGCCAGGACACUGCAUCACAGGGUUUUCAGCCCUAAAGGUCUCUGAACAUAGUUGCCUUUCUUCCACUUGGCUUUCUGACUUAAGACUUGGAUCUGAAAUGAACCUGCAAGGACUGGUUUUACAAAUCAUUGAGUAGGCAAGGAACUGGUCUCUGCCAUAGAAUGUGUGCACCUCAGAGUUCCUGGAGUUGAGUUAUGGAGAACAAACACUGGAAUAGGUGGUUUCUACUUCAUAGGAUUCACAAUGGAGAGGACUAGGAUACUUGCCACAGCCUAGGACAAUUCACAGCAGUGUGACACUCAAGUCCUGGUCCCUUGGAGAGAAAAGAAGCUGUGUUCAAGAAGUAAUCUCACCAAAAUCAGAGUCAAUGGGAACUUACAUACAGAAGACAAGAGGUCUUAGAUUAUUUGAGGGAAAGUGGAAGGACUAGUCGAGAUGCUGAGGGAAGAUUGCUAAGAGAUCUGGCAAUUGCUUCAAUUCUUCCCUCUAUCAGAACUGAAAUAUGUCCUGUGUUAGAGCUAAUGUGAUCCUAAUCCACAACUCCCCUUAUUUUCCAGACAUCUCCUAGUGCUAAUGCUAUUGCUAUUGCUAGUGAGAUAUUUUGUGUCCCCUGCCCAAUGCAUCGUUCCCAAGUCAAAUACAGGUGAAUCACCAUUAAAAACAGUGUAAUAUCUUUAGUGAGUUUUGAAAUAUAAGGUGGAAAAAAUUAUUUGUAUGGCAUUCCCAUUGUUUUUGGUCCAAAUACUCAUUCUCAAUAUUAUAAAAUAAUAAAUGUUUUUUCAUAGCU